AUGACCUAUACUACAGACUCGGCAGAAUGGCCUUCGGGCUAUCAAGUGCCUGCGGCCGUCAAAGCCCUUGUCGAUAGACUUUACAGCCUACUCGAUAGCGAUGCAUCAAAUGUUGGAGACAUCUUGGCGAACGAGAUCUUUACCUCUGAUGGUGUCGCCUUUUUCGGUGGUAGUCCAUCACGUGGAACUGAAGGCAAGUCCCUGAGACACAUCACAUUCGCGUCCAGAGACAAGGCCUGGGUCGCCAUCUCCAGCCGCAAACACACGGUUCAGCGUGUUUACAUGAACAGCAAGGAUGGCGAUGAUCUUCUCUUCAUUGCUAAUGUAGAAAUGGGUCUUCGAAAUGGGAGACGAGUGGAAGGGCCCUUUGCUGGGCGCCUGGUCAUCUCAGAGUCGCAGAGUGCGGACCCGAAGUUGAAGCUUUACCAAGUUUGGGGCGACUCCGGACCGCUUGUGAAGGCUCUCCAAGAGAAAUAG